AAUCCAUGCUCCACACGUGCACCCAUUCAUUCAUCUUCCCCUCCCCUCCCAUCUCCCUCAGACAACCCGACCUCAAUUCCCCGCAUAGCUACAACGGCCGACAGCAAAGGAGCUAGAUCAUGGCCCCGUCGGCAGCGAAACCUUUAAAAAGACAGCAGAAACUGUCCCAAACCCGGUUACUCACCCCGCAAAAGAAGCCUGCCCCCGGUCCCAGAGCCCAAACCAACACCGGCGCCAAUACCUCCUCCCCCUUCCCGACCACCGGCAGACCGAGCCCGAAGACGCAGCCGAAACAAAAACCGAAGCCGAACCAGAGCAUCCUGAGCUUUUUCAAGAAGGAGGCGGCGCCCGCGGGCACGCGCGACGCGGACGACGGGCUGUUUAUUGGCGGGGGUGCUGCUGCUGCUGCCGCCGGCGAGUUGUGGCCGGUCGGGGAGGACGAGGAUAGCUGCGAGGGGGGUGGUGGUGGCCUUGCUGGUCUGGAGGCUGGGGAUGGCGACGAUACUGUGGAGGGGAUGGGGGACGGGGAGGGGGUUGAGGAUUUGUAUGGGGCUAGUCCGCCACGGAAGGGGGGUAGUGGUGGGCGAGAGGGGGAAGAGGAGAGGUUCAACGAGGUCGAGGGGAGUGUGAAGAGGAGGAAGGUCAUGAGUGCUGGGUUGGGUGGUGGUUCCGGGUCUGAGCUGGGCUUGGAGGGGUCGAGAUCCUCCUCGGCGGCCGUGGAAGGGCCUGCGGUUGCGACAAGGAGGCCAGUUGAGAAGAAGAGAGCGAAGAAGGCGGGCAAUCCGUUUUUGGACGAUGAUUCCUCCGACGACGACGAGGAGAACAACAAGGAAAAUGAGCCGUCGGCUACCGACAGGGUGAGAUCGCCGCCGCCUGUGUUUGAUGAUCCCUACGAGCAAGACCCGUGUUCGCGACCGGCCCGGCUUACCAGUGGCGAGAGUGGAUCCAGGGAGGUGCCGCUACUACGGCAGCAGACAUCGGGAGCGGAUAGCGCAGGCGGUGACUCUGCCGAGCGACCAGAUAGCGGCGUCGUCGGCCCAACCGAGGACGAGGAAUUUACUGGCGAAGAGCUCUUGGCGAUGCGAUAUAUGGAAGAGCAGGCUCGGCUGGAGGCGGAGGCUGAGGGAGAGGAGUACACGGGUCUAAAUAGCGAGGGCAACGACGAGCCCAUGACGGAGAGCUGUCCAGUCUGCAACGGCAGCCUCGCCGGGGCAACGCCGGACCAGGCGACAGCGCACGUCAACUCCUGUCUGGACGGCAAUCCGACGCCGCUGCCGAGGCCGCCGGGCGAUGUUAUCGAGGCGGAGGCUGCAAUUGUGGGCAAGCGGUUCGCCAAAGCUGCCGUCGCGCGGCCAGGGCAGCCGAAUCCCAUCAGUCUCGGCGACGACGCAGGCGAGGGCUCAGCCAGCUCGGCAUUUACCAAGCUCAUGUCCGGUCACGCCGAAGACGCCGCCUGGGCGACCGCUGCGGCGGCAGAGAAUGCGUCCAGGGGCAUGCCCGCCUACAAGCGGACCUGUCCGUUCUACAAGAUCAUGCCUGGCUUCUCCAUCUGCGUCGACGCCUUUCGGUAUGGCGCCGUUGAAGGGUGCCAGGCAUACUUUCUAAGCCAUUUUCAUAGCGACCACUACAUCGGCCUGACGGCGAGCUGGACGCACGGCCCCAUCUACUGCAGCAAGGUCACGGGCUCGCUGGUCAAGUCGCAGCUGAAGACGGCAGCAAAGUAUGUGGUCGAGCUGGAGUUCGAGAAGACAGUGCCGGUGCCCCAGACCAACGGCGUCACGGUCACCAUGAUACCCGCCAACCACUGCCCCGGGAGCUCGCUCUUCCUUUUCGAGAAGACCACUGGCGGAAGAACGCAGCGGAUCCUCCACUGCGGUGACUUCCGCGCCUGUCCCGCACACGUCGAGCACCCGAAGCUGCGGCCCGAGACGGUCGACGCCAUCUCGGGACGGACAAAACAGCAGAAAAUCGACGUCUGCUACCUCGACACGACUUAUCUCAACCCGCGCUACUCCUUCCCUCCGCAGGAUGAAGUGGUGGAUGCGUGCGCCGAGCUCUGCGCCCAGCUCAACAAAGGCCUCCUCGCCGACGAUGACCGCGAAUGGGACGCCCUGCUGCGACGGCGAGAACGCGGCACUAACGGCUCAGCAGGCACAGAAAGCGUCACCAAGUUCUUCACCGCCACCGCGUCAUCCUCAUCAGCCUCGCCCGCACAGCAACCCACCCCACCGCCACCCGACAAUGCCUUCACCGCGCUCAACGGAAAACCACACAACCCCAACCGCCUCCUCGUCGUCUGCGGCACAUACAGCAUCGGCAAGGAGCGCAUCUGCGUCGCCAUCGCCAAGGCGCUGCGCUCCAAGAUCUACGCGACGCCCGCCAAGAUCCGCAUGUGCGCGCAGCUGGACGACGCGGAGCUCUCCGCGCUGCUCACGCCCAACCCGAGCGAAGCCCAGGUGCACAUGCAGAUGCUGAUGGAGAUCCGCGCCGAGACCCUGGCCGAGUACCUCGCGCCGUUCAAGGCACGCGGCGAGUUCGCCCGCAUCGUCGGCAUCCGCCCGUCGGGCUGGAACUACCGGCCCCCUCCCCCGGGUUCUUCGUCCUUCUCCCCAUCCACCGCCACGGCCGCAGGCACCAACAAAAACAACAACAACUCCACCGCCACCGCCACCGCCAAAGGAAGCCUGGCCAACCUGUCCCCGACCGCGCUGCCCACCGCGCAGCUGCUGCACGGCCCGCGCUGGCGGACGCACUUCACGGCGCGCGACCUCGCGCCGCAGCGCGGCAGCUCGCGCGAGGCGCUGUGCCUGGCCGUGCCGUACAGCGAGCACAGCAGCUUCCGCGAGCUGGCGCUGUUCGUCAUGGCGCUGCGCAUCGAGCGCGUCGUGCCGACCGUCAACGUCGGCAGCGAGGCCGCGCGCCGCCGCAUGAAGGGCUGGAUCGACCGGUGGCUGGCCGAGCGGAGGAGGGGCGGGUUCGUCAGGGUUUUGAAGGGCGGUGGGGAGGAGAAUGGGACGGGGGAGGUGGUGUUGUGGGAGGGCAAGGACGGGCGCGGCGGCGGGGUUUAUUGGUAGGGAAGGAGGCUGGGGUGGUGAUGGUGUAUCUCUCUGAGGAGGGAGUUGGGGGGAUCUCGUGUCUGCAGGACUGCCGGCCGUAAUGAUCUUUCUGUCGGGAGACGUGCAUACUGUGUAGCAAACCAGUACAUGUAUUCCGUAAAAGAUACCCCCUUUUUCGGCCUUCGUUGUUCAACUCCUGCUCGAGCACUCCGACUCGCAUUGACAACUAAGCAAAAAAGUAGAGACCGGAGGAUUCAUGCAACUCAGAAAUGACCUUGAAAAGCACGAAAGCAAAAGCUACUGGGGAUUGGGGAGCUGGACAGCACGGACUCGCGACGGCAGGUGAUCCGAGUCAGU